CCCCUCUCCGUCUACACGGAGGAAAAUCACACUUCUCAGGUGUAACUUACUUGUCUGUCCAUCAAAAUGAGGUCUCUGGUGGUUAUCUUUGCUCUGGCAGUUUUUACUGGCUGCCAUGCUCGUAGCCUGUUCCAGGCUGAUGCCCCUCAACCCAGGUGGGAGGAGAUGGUGGACCGCUUUUGGCAGUAUGUGUCCGAACUCAACACACAUGCUAACGGUGUGGUGCUGAACAUCAAGGAGUCCCAACUCAGCAGAGAGCUUGAUACCCUAAUUCUUGACACCAUGACUGAGCUAGGCUCAUACAGUGAAAAUCUUCAAACCCAACUGACUCCAUACGCCUCUGAUGCUGCUGGUCAGCUGACCAAAGACCUCCAGCUUCUGGCUGGCAAACUGCAAACUGACAUGACCGAUGCCAAGGAACGUUCCACUCAGUACGUGCAAGAGCUGAAGACCAUGGUGGAGCAGAACGCAGAUGAUGUGAAAGCCCGUGUCAACACAUACACACGCAAACUAAAGAAACGCCUGAACAAGGACACAGAGGAGAUCCGCACCACUGUGGCAACCUACAUGGGUGAGCUGCAGUCUCGUGCUUCCCAAAACGCUGAUGCCGUGAAGGACCGUUUAGAGCCAUACCUCACCCAGGCCCAGGAUGGUGCCAACCAGAAAUUGGGUGCCAUUAACGAGCUGAUGAAGUCCCAGGCGCAGGAGAUGAGCGAGCAGUUGGAGGUCCAGGCUGGAGCUCUGAAGGAGAAGCUGGAAAAGACCGCAGAGGAACUGCGUACCUCCCUAGAAGGCCGCAUGGAUGAGCUGACCAGCCUCCUCGCCCCCUACUCCGAGAAGAUCCGUGAGCAGCUGCAGAUUGUCAUGGACAAGAUCAAGGAGGCCUCAGCAGCUCUUCCCACUCAAGCUUAAGAGCUCCACGCUUUUCUAGUGUUAACACCAAACAGAAACAAGAAGGGAGGUUUUGUGUUACUGAAAUGUGCUUUUUUCAUUCUGUGAGAGGUUGAUAACUGGUUAAGAACCGGACUUGACUGGACUGGCACUGUCCAUUAUUGGACAAAAGAAUACCAUGUACUCACCAUGUUUACUUUCUCAGUAUUAACCCACUGUCUGAGGAUAUACUCUCCAUAAUGUCUUUACAGUAGUCAUUUUAAGAUCAAUCAACUUGUCAUGGAAGUUAUCUAAUAGAUUUUUUUUCUAGUAAGUGGGGCCAACCUGGUACCAUUCAGAAUAAAAUUCAAAAGUGCCUUCAUCUGCUGAACUAAAUCAGAAUAUAUGCAAAGAUAGCAUUAUUUUGUUAGCCUCAAAUCCACAUAUACAUGCUCCUUUACUGUACAUGUUUGUGCACUACUGUGUUUGAAUUUGUUUGCAAUAAAUGUGAGUCCUACUACACAA